CCAGCACAUCUACAUUCUCAUCAAAGCGCAAGCUCCAGCUCGAUCAUGUCUACCUUUGCACCACAGGCGGCCAAGCGCCUGCGCUUGAGCUUGCCAGCCACGACCCGGCAAUGGACGUGCAGAGCAUGUGCUCAGCAGCGCGCCGCCUUUUCAUCGACUUCAAGAUCAUCGGAGCAGCAGACGACCGAUCGCAAGAGCACUCGCGAUGAGGGCACCACACACUUUGGCUUCUCGACCGUUGCGGAAUCAGCCAAAGCUUCAAGAGUGGGCGCUGUCUUCUCCUCCGUCGCCUCCAGCUACGAUACCAUGAACGACCUCAUGUCCUUGGGCAUCCAUCGACUGUGGAAAGAUCACUUUGUCCGAUCCCUCAACCCCGGCAUACGACCGGCAUUCGCCCCCAGCGGAGAGCCCCGCGGCCAAAAGAUAUUGGAUGUAGCAGGAGGGACGGGCGACAUCGCAUUGCGCCAUCUCGACCACGCCACCAACAUUAAUCGCGACUCCCACACCUCCGUCAUCAUCUCCGACAUCAACCCAGACAUGCUCGCCGAGGGGCAGAAGCGGUUCAAGCAGUCGCCCUACAAUCGCGACGGCCGCGUCUCGUUCCUCGAAGCGAACGCAGAAGACAUCCACACGAUCGAAAGCAACAGCAUAGACCUCUACACCGUCGCGUUUGGCAUCCGCAACUUCACCCACAAGGACAAAGCACUGCGCGAAGCUUUCCGUGUCCUCAAGCCAGGCGGCGUCUUUGCGUGUCUGGAGUUCACGCCGAACCUCUCGAACCCGGUGUUGAAUGCGAUUUACAAACGCUGGAGUUUUGCUGCCAUUCCGCUCAUUGGACAGAUUGUUGCGGCGGAUCGCGAUAGUUAUCAGUACUUGGUCGAGAGUAUUGAGCGCUUCCCUACGCAGAGGGAGUUUAUGGGGAUGAUUAAGGAGGCUGGGUUUUUGAUCCCGGGGGAGCGAGGAGAUGGUCAGGAGCACGUUGGAUGGGAGGAUUUGAGCGCUGGGAUUGCGGCCAUCCAUAAAGGUGUGAAGCCGGCGUGAAUGACUGCAUGGUGAAAGGCUCGAAUAACUGGGCCUUAUGCAAUUACGAGAGGGGAUGAGUUGGGAUCACUGCUGGUCGACGACUUCAACAAUGCGGCAGAGAAUCGUCCGCAUCGAAGGAAGGGCCAACGCAACCGGCCGGCAUUAUUUUCCAUGACCGCGGGUAUCCUUGAUGCAGGGGUGGAUACACAAGGUACUCCACUGUAACGUGGAACAUGCGGGGUCGACUUGGCCAAAGGUGUUCACGAACCCCGCGAAGCCAACAGAUAAAACGGCAGACA